AUGGAUGCUUUCAUUGAAUCGCUCAACCAGCCAAUGUCUCCAGUGCCAGAUGCUCUUGACCUUCCAGCGACCUUGAGCAUGUCACCUCAUGACCUGCUGGAUGAGGUGAUUUCACAGACCUUAAAAGAUGAGUUGCCGGAUCGUGCAUCUUUACCUGAUUAUCAAUGUACUGCUACUCUGACUAACUAUGGAAGUCCAACUGAAUCAUGUGUGUGGACAUCAUCCAGUGACAACAGUGACAGUGAUUUGAACUUUGACAUUGAAAGCUUUGCAUCAAGUGUCAAUUCAUCACCUACUGAAGCACCCUCUUGUAAAACUAUUACCUAUGAUGAGCAGACUACUCCAGCAAGGAACCCUAACAACCUGUCAUUAGCAUCUUGUGAGCCAGUCUACAACAGUCCCGGGCUUGAUAGCCGGUUCAAUGACUCACUGACUGGACUACUAGGCAGUCCACCACCUGACAGUCCCCUUGCAAAGAAUCCAUUCUUCAAUGACCUCCAGGCCAUCCUUGUCAAUGAUUGUCGUGAGGAUAUGUUGCCACAGUCUCUAUUAGCAACUAUGACAACUCAGCCACAACCUGAUGUUUUUGCCCGUGAGCAGGACCUACAGGAACGCUUCAAUCGACUGACAGAUAAGUUUCCAGAGGAUGUCAAACAGUUGUCAAGUUUCUAUCGUUACCAGGCGGCCCUUGUGGAGACCGAACGUUUCCGUUCACUACACAUGCAAAAGUACCCUUCAGACUAUCAGAGGUCACUGAACCUUCACUAUGAUUCCCAACUCCAUCAAAUCAUGACUCGAGUUGAACAAAGUCUCACUUUGUUAGAGGAGUCUAUGAACAAAUGUUCGAGUCGGGUAAUUAAACCACGCCCCCUUCUGUCUAAGAAGUCAGUGAGAGUGAUGGAGGAAUGGUAUGACAACCACUUGGAACACCCUUACCCGACGGCAUCCACAGUCGAGUUACUCGCAGAUAAAGGAAAAAUCAGUACAGAACAGGUGAAGAAGUGGUUUGCCAACAAGAGGAACAGGUCAAAUAACACUCGCACACUCACUGAGAUUGCCAAGGCGAAGAGGAAACGUCAGAUGGUAGCCUUGUAA